AUGGGUCUCAAGGAUCGCAUGGCGACCCUGACCCGGUCGGCGUCUGGGGCCGAAGAUGUCGGAGAUUCUUCUGGCGUUGAGGCCAAGCAAGAGUUGCGAAACUUUCGAAAACAGCACAAGUGGGAUCCCUUUCUGGAUAACGAGAAGCUCGACACCAUCGAGAGCGCCCUCCACUCUGACGAUGCCGAGAAAGCCAAGGUUGUUGACGAGACCUUGAUCCAGGAAGACUCGCCGUACCCUGAAGUGCGAUCUUCGGUCCCCCCUACCGAUGAUCCAGACAUGCCCGUCAACACCUUUCGAGCCUGGUUCCUGGGUGCCGUUCUUUGCACCGUCAUCGCAGCCUGCAACGUGCUUCUCUCGCUCCGCCGUCAAUCCGCCUCCAUCUCCUCCACAGUCGUCCAGCUGAUUGCCUAUCCGCUUGGCGUCGGUAUGGCCAAGGUCAUGCCUACCACCGUGUACAAGGUCUUUGGCUAUGAAUUUACGCUCAACCCGGGCCCUUUCAAUGUCAAGGAACAUACCAUCAUCACCAUGAUGACUGCCGCUGGCUCGUCCAUCAGUUAUGCCAUCGAUAUUCUGCUCGCGCAAGAGAUAUUCUAUGAACAGCACUUCAAGUGGGGGUUUCAGCUGCUUCUAAUGGUCUCCACCCAGGCUAUGGGUUUCGGUGUCGCCGGUAUUGCUCGUCGUUUCCUCGUGUGGCCCUCCGCCAUGGUAUGGCCAGCUAACCUGGUUACUUGCACCGUCAUGCAUGCCCUGCAUAAUCACGUUCCUGCUGACCCAGCUACCACCAAUGGCUGGAAGAUUGGCCGUUACAAGUUCUUCCUCAUCGUUUCUCUGGCAUGCUUUGCCUGGACAUGGAUUCCCCAGGUUCUGGCCCAAUUCCUCCAGUACUUUGCUUUCGCCUGCUGGAUCGCCCCCAAUAAUGUUGUUGUCAACCAGGUGUUUGGUGCAUUCACCGGUCUUGGCAUAAUUCCCAUCACAUUCGACUGGCUUACCGUUUCCUCGUGGUUGGGCAGUCCUUUGCAGACGCCUACUUUUGCCAUCCUCAACGUUGCUUUUGGUCUGCUGAUUUGCGUAGUCGGUGCAGCCGGCUUGGCUUGGUCUGGCCCCGACUACUACAAAUACCUCCCUAUUGCGGCCAACAAGAACUUUGAUCGUUAUGCCAUGAAGUAUAACACGUCUCGCAUUUUGAACCCCGACUACACAGUCAACGAGACUGCCUAUCAGGAGUACUCGCCUAUAUUACUAGGUGCCACCUUUUCCCUGUCAUACGGGAUGGGGUUUGCGGGACUCAUCUCCACAAUCAUGCACGUCAUUGUCUUUUAUGGCGGUGAUGUCUGGAACCGAAUCAAAAAUUCCAGAUAUGACGAACCUGAUAUCCACCUGAAGCUCAUGCGAAAGUAUAAAGAAGCCCCUGAGUGGUGGUUUGCUGCCAUCUUUGCCAUGUCUUUUGCCUUUGGUAUGAUUGCUUCGCAAGUUUGGGAAACUCACUUGCCCUGGUGGGCUUAUAUCCUGUGUAUUGCCAUUGGCGCGAUUCUGUUCAUUCCCAUCGGCAUGGUUCAGGCCAUUACCAACCAGCAGACGGGUCUCAACAUUGUGACGGAAAUGAUUUUCGGUUAUAUCCUUCCCGGUCGCCCCGUGGCGAUGAUGUUGUUCAAGUCGUGGGGCUACAUGCUGUCUGCGAACGGUCUCAACUACAUUUCUGACAUGAAGAUCGGCCACUACAUGAAGGUUCCUCCUCGCAGCAUGUUUGCCGCCCAGGCAUUCGCUGUGAUUUGGCUGGCUAUUGUUCAGACCUGUGCCUACAACUUCUUGAUUGGCAACAUUCACAACAUCUGCACAGAAGACCAAGCUCAGGGUCUUACGUGCCCCAACGCCCGCACCUUUUACAACGCGAGCGUCAUCUGGGGUGUUAUUGGACCCAAGCGUGUAUUUGGCCACGGAGGCAUCUACUCGUGGAUCAACUGGUUCUGGCUCAUCGGAGCUGCGCUGCCCGUGAUCCAGUACUACAUUGCUCGCCGCUACCCUCGCAGCUUCGCACGCUACAUUGUGUGGCCUGCCGUCUUUGGCGCCAGCGGUCUGGUGCCCCCCGCCACCUUGUACUUUCUCCUUCCCUGGGUCAUUGUCGGUCUGAUUUUCAACUGGUUCGUUCGAAGCCGAUAUUUUGGGUGGUGGAACCAGUACAACUACGUUCUUUCCGGCGCGCUGGAUAUCGGGUCUCGUAUCUGCGUCGUCAUCAUCGCUCUUGCACUCGGGUUGGGGAAUGUCGCCGACCUCGACUGGUGGGGCAACACGGUGCCGUUUGACAACUUGGACUUCAAGGGCAAGGCUGUGACGAAGCAAUUCAUAAAGAAUGUGACGGAGCCUCUUGGUCCGGCGACGUGGUGA